GUCAUGUGACCUUGAAUGACCAAUAAUACGGCUUGUUUUGUGUUGAGGCGAUCAAGUACGUCGAUAAAAAUUGUAUCUACCUUUCUUGGGUAGAGAUUUCACUCGACAUGCCAAAUAAACCCAAAAAGGAUAAGCCGGUCACGAAGACAACAGCAAAUUCUAAAACUAUUACCAAGGAUGGACCGGAAAAUGUUGAUGGGGAGGCUGCCAAAAAGAAGCAACAGAAUUCUACAGAAGCACACCCCCCUCCAGCUCCAAUAGCCAAAAUAAAAUUUCCAGGCACACCACAUGUCAAGAAGGAUAAACGCCAAAAUUCGUCAAGAUUUAAUGUGACCAAAAACAGGGAAUUGCAGAAGUUACCAUUAUUGAAAGAUGCCACACCAAGUGAGAGAGAAGAGUUAUUUAUUAGUAAGAUUCAUCAGUGUUGUGUUUUAUUUGAUUUUGUGCAAGAUCCAUUAAGUGAUUUAAAAUGGAAGGAAGUAAAGAGGGCAGGGUUAAACGAAAUGGUAGAUUAUGUCACCCAGAAUCGAGGUGUUGUUACAGAUGCAAUUUACCCAGAAGCAAUCAAUAUGUUUUCUUCUAAUCUCUUCCGUACCUUGCCCCCAUCUUCUAACCCAAGUGGAGCUGAGUUUGACCCAGAAGAAGAUGAACCUACGCUUGAGGCUGCAUGGCCUCACUUACAGCUUGUUUAUGAAUUUUUUCUACGUUUCUUGGAAUCUCCUGAUUUUCAGCCAAAUACAGCCAAGAGAUAUAUUGACCAAAAAUUUGUUCAGCAGCUAUUAGACCUGUUUGACAGUGAAGACCCUAGGGAAAGAGAUUUUCUUAAAACAAUAUUACAUCGUAUAUAUGGGAAAUUCUUGGGUCUUAGGGCAUAUAUAAGAAAACAGAUAAAUAAUAUAUUUUAUAAAUUUAUUUAUGAAACUGAACACCAUAAUGGUGUUGCAGAGUUAUUAGAAAUAUUGGGAAGUAUAAUUAAUGGCUUUGCAUUACCUUUAAAAGAAGAACAUAAAGUAUUCUUGUUAAAAGUAUUACUGCCCUUGCAUAAAGCCAAGUCUCUGAGUGUGUAUCACCCUCAGCUGGCAUAUUGUGUUGUACAGUUCUUAGAAAAAGAUCCUAGCCUAACAGAACCAGCAAUUAUGGGUCUUCUUAAAUUUUGGCCAAAGGUGCACAGUCCUAAAGAGGUUAUGUUUUUAAAUGAAUUAGAAGAAGUAUUGGAUGUGAUAGAACCAGCUGAAUUUACUAAAAUAAUGGUUCCACUCUUUAAACAACUGGCAAAGUGCGUAUCCAGUCCUCACUUUCAGGUGGCAGAAAGAGCACUGUAUUUUUGGAAUAAUGAAUACAUCUUGAGUUUGAUUGGGGAAAAUGCGUCAACAAUUUUACCGCUUAUGUUUCCUGCUUUGUACAAAAGUAAAGAACAUUGGAACAAGACUAUACAUGGGCUCAUCUAUAAUGCAUUGAAAUUAUUUAUGGAAAUGAAUCAGAAGUUAUUUGAUGAUUGUACACAACAGUAUAAAGUAGAAAGACAAAAGGAAAAAGAAAAGAAUAAGCAACGUGAAGAUGCUUGGACAAAAAUCCACAUGUUAGCCAGGGAUAGUCCAUGUUUACAAAAGUAUCAACAAUUUCAGUCAGCAUUAGGCCCUCCGACAAAUAACUCAGGCAAACCUUCUACUACCAAUAAUGUAAAUGCUAACACCGAGGAUGAAGGAGAUGUAGUUAUGAAUAUGGAAAAAUUAGAAUCAGAAGCAAAAGAAAUUAAAUUACACUCAAUGAAAGUAAAAACUAAAAGUGACUUAAAGUGUUUUGUCAACGGCAAGCCGCCAGGCAGGCACAGCAGAAUUCUUAAAGUUACAGAAGAAAAAAGCAAAGGAAAAGCCCCUUUUGCGCCGGAAAUCCGAACUACCACAUGACAUGUCGAUGAUUAAAGCUCUAGAAACACACAAAAGAUCUGAUGAGUUCUUGACAACAUCUUCAGAACAAAAUAAUACAAAAUGAACAAGAGAUUCUUAACGAUUUAUAAUUAUAAUAUUGCUGGGAAUUGUAAGUACAGCACUAUAAAAGCCUGUGGUGCGGUUCCCUCUUCUUUGUCACGGCAAGUCUACAGCUCCUUCCAGUGAUUUUUCUAUUUAUCUAGUGUAGAAAAGUAGUUAUUUUAAUGUACAUACUAUAAUGAGGACACUUAAAAUUUAGCUUCACGUCUUGUACAGAAAAAAAUAAAACACACAAAUUUUGCGAUGAUGACGAUAUUAUAUAAAUAUAUAUAUAUAUGUAUAUGGACUUUGAUAAGCAUUAUCAAAAAAAGGGAAGACUGGAAGUUUUUCCCAUUCUUCUUGUUGGGCUUUAUUGCUUCCUCAUGUGUGAUGGUGAGAAGGGGGAAAGUGAGGUGUUAUUUAUUUAUUUUAAGUAGUAUCAGAAAGAAAGAAAUACAAUGUUUAAAGUAAUAUGUUAAAUGUGACAUUGCAGGUAUAUGUUGUAAUAAAUUAAAUGCAGUAUUACAACAUAAUAUAUUGUCCAAAAAAAGCAGAAUUGUGAGAAUGUGACAUUGCUCCAUGAUUGCAUGCUUUAACUAGUCUCUCAGACUUUGUCUUGGUAACCUGUUAUUCUAGAAAAACUGUGAUUUAUAUGUACUAUCUAGCAACAGUUGCUGUACAGCACUAUAGUGUUAAUUGUCCCCCACCUUUCAAAGAAAGCAGGGGACUAUUAAUAUGGGUCUGUCUGUGGAACACAUAACUCUUUCUAAUUGAGGUAGAAUGUGCAAACUUGGUAUAGGUGUCUUAUUAGGUGAAUGCCUUGACAGGGUUCGAUCAUGCACAUUUUCCACUAAGGCUAAGCAGAGAUAAGCAGUUUGAUUGGUUGAGACUUUAGAACACUAUAGUAUAACUUUGGUUAUUUCAAUACCUUGCUUUUAAUUGAGGUGUAUGCUAAUUAGAUGAAUGUCUUGACCGAGUUCAAUAAUUAAUAUUUGCCGCUAAAGUAAAAAGAGCUAAGCAAUUUCACUGGUCGAUGCUUUAGGACAAGAUAAAUUUUAUUCUUACUUAUAGAUAAUCAGUUUGAUUGCUUGAAAAGAUAAAUGUGCAGUUAAAGAUACAUUAUGGGAGAUUCGAUAACGAGUUGACAGUUCUCACUAUAAUAGUUAAAAACUAGAUAAUGUAAAGGCAAUUUGCUAAAAAUUUCAUUCAAAUUGAUCUACUAUGAACAGAGAACUAAGCAGUUGAAAUUUCCGGCUAGCCUUGAUCAUCCUUACUAAAGUCAGUACAAUAAACAACAUAGUCUUGAUUAUCCAUUUAAUCGUUAAAUCGUAAAGGAAACUUAUGCGGUAAAUCGGCUCAUAAUCCACUAAAGAUCGCAGGCUAGUGAUGUCAUCUAGAGUUGAUUAUGGUCUGGAUAGGUUAAUUAAUGUCUAAUUAAUAAUUUAGGUAACAUUUCAGGCCAAAAGCAAGACCUGCAAUAGACAGAUUUAGCUCUUACAUAAUGUAUGUUUAAUUAAUAUGUGUCAUCUAUUUAUUUUGGGAUUUCAGCAGGGGAUGUCAGCCUCACUGUUGGCUUGUAUUACUAAUAAAUACUAACAUAAGUUAUGGAUUUGUUAUUAUUACUGUUAAAUAUUAGACUGGAGAAAGUUAGUUCAGCUCUGAACGUAGGACUCAUUACACCCGCCCUGUAAAAAUUGGAAUCUUUGAAAAGUUAAGAAUCUUUAGUCAUUUAUUGCUUUGCCUAUUCCAAUUACAAUAAUUUAUAAUCAAAUUUUUUUUCUCCCAGGCUUACCUUAUUUUCGUUUCAUCUUAUAUGUCUGCGUUCGUAAAUUUGUGCGUUACCCUAUCAAUGACAUUGGUCAAGUCAUUUAGAAGACAGGGACGUAUUUUUAAACAGCGUGUUGUCGCUCAUAUUGGUUCUAGCGAGGUAAGCAAGGUCUUAUUUUCUCACUAAGAUGUUCAUUUACAUUGUUCAGGCGUUCACAGGGACUGACACGUCACCAUUUAGCAGUAAAAAGUUGCCCAGUAAAAUUUACUGGGAAGUGAAUUUUUUUCGCCAAAGAUUCAGUAGGAUGGUUCCUGAACGUACAGGGCGAGUGUAAUGAGACCUACAUUCAGAGCUGAACUAGGAGAAAGGGGGAAUAGAUAGAUGUUUUAUAUAACUACAUAUUUUAUAAUACAUACUUAAUUAAAAUACUAAAAAAAAACAAAAUUCUCAUCACAUUUUAACACCAAUCAAAUGCUGCUUUUUUUUAAAAUAAAAAACUCUUUUCCAGUCAUACUCAUUAUGUUCUCUUUAUUAUUAAUCACUCUUCUCUUCUUUUUUUAAACACAAUUAUUAUUACUACUUUUAUAAUCCACAGAGGUAUGGUCCAGGUAUGAAUUGUUAUGUUGUUUAUCUUUAAUGUUUUUGUGUUAUUAUAAUAACUUACAAUGUAUAUUAUUGACCAAGUUGAGAACAAUGCUGGUUGAGUGAGUUUUGCCGGUGAAUAAGGAUCAUUUAGUGUUUUUGUCUUGCCAUAUAAGAUUAAAAUAUUUUACAGAAUCAGUUUACAGUCUUGAGAUCAGAUUUUAUAAUUUAUUUCAGUUUUCAAUAUAUUUGAAAAUUAUUAUUUAAAAAAAGAACAAAAACUGACAAUGAAAUUUAUAACAAAUCUUGUUUCGAUGAGAAUUACUCCCAGUGGCAUGGCAUUACAUAAUUUUGGAUACUUGUUUUUUAUGGUUUUCAAGUGCUAGAUAUAAGAUAAUGGACAUUCAGUUAUACAUGUACAUUCUUGAUAAGUAAUAUGUCCAUAGAUAUUUAUUUAUGAUUUAUAUGUUCUUGCUCAUAAAUAAGGGAUUUUGACGAAUGAUCCCUUUUAUAAUACUUUGGUCCAAUCAAUGGAUUUACAUUUUGAAGAAGGAAUUCAUCUUUAACAGGAUUUUUUUGUUUGUUUUUUUUUUUAUGACAAUACUUUUCAUAAUUUCUUUACAUCACAUUGUAUUGAAACAUAAUUCUGUAGCUUCAAAUACCCAGUACUAAUAUUCAAUCCUUUUAUUUACAUAAACUUGUGUCACAAAAUCUUUCUAAAAUUUUGAACUUAAAUAAUUGUAUUAUUGAGGUUUUUGUGAUAUAGGACUGUUAUCUCUGCAUUACAAGACUGUCUUUUAAAAUAAAAACAACCCGACUGUAGUGACAUUUAAAGUGACCUUCAUCAGUGCUUCCACAAAGUAACUGUUAUAAAGUCAUAUUCCUUCAGAUGUCUCUGUGUUCUUGAUUUCACAGAGGUUUCUCUAUACAUUGUGUAUAAAGACAUGUAUAUUCACAUUUUGAUGGUAUAAGUGUGACAUAUUAAAUGGAUAUGGAGCAGAUGUGUCUUUUAUUCAGCUGUGUAUCGUUUAUUCAGCUGUGUAUCACUAAAGCAUAAAUAUUUUUCCAAUAAUUUUCCAUUAAAAGUAAGCAAACAAGCAUGUCUUUUGUAGAAAUAUAUAAAAACUUUUACAUCCAAGUUUAAUAGUGUGUUAGUGUGUGGUGUAUGAAAGGUUCUGUAUUAUAUUAUAUAUAAUAAAUUUUUAGUAAAAAAAGUGAUACAAAUUUGCUUAUUUUUUUUUUUUUUUUUGUGAAGUAAAACUGGUGAUGAAGAUACCAGUAAACAGGCAGAUUAGACUAAUGUUUAUACUAGAACUAUAUCAACUUGUUGCCAUCAGGUAUAGAGGCUAGCAUAGAAUUAACUAUCAAUGUUUAAUUACUAUAGUUUAAUUUAUAUUUUCAAUAUGUAUUUCCGAUAUUUUCAAAUGUUUGUCUCCCUUCCCCACCUUUACUGAUAAGAAUAACCGUCCAUGGUACAAUAUCGUGGGAUCAUUAUUGUCCCCCGCCUUUCGAAGAAAGCAGGGGACUAUUAAAAUGGGUUCGUCCGUCCGUCCGUCCAUCUGUCUGUCACACUUUUUGGGACACAAUAUCUCUUUCUAAUUGAGCUAGAAUGUUCAAACUUGGUAUAGGUGUUUAUUAGGUCAAUACCUUGAUGGAGUUGGAAGAUGAGCAUUUCUUCUUAGGGUACAAUGCAGAGGUAAGCAAUUUGAUUGGUUGAUGCUUUGGGAGACGAUAACUUUAGUUCUAAUGAAGUGAGAGUGAUGAAACUUGGUGUUAGUUUCAUUACAUCAUUACCUCGACCAAGUUCGAUAAUGAGCAUUUUCUGCUCAGGGUAAGCAGAGCGAUAAGCAUUUUGAUUGGCCGAAACUUUGAGACACAAUAACUCACAUUAUUAUUGAGCUAGAACAUUCAAACGUGGUGUAGGUGAAUGCCUUGAUGGAGUUGGGAGAUAGAAGAUUAGAAUUUUCUGCUUAGGGUAAGCAGAGAUAAGCAAUUUGAUUGGUUGAUGCUUUGGGACACGAUAACUUUAGUUCUAAUUAAGUGGGAGUGAUGACACUUGGUGUAUGGUUUUAUCACAUCAAUACGAUGACUAAGUUCUAUAAUAAGCAUUUUCUGCUUAGGGUAAGCAGAGCGAUAAGUAAUUUGAUUGGUCAAGACUUUGAAACACAAUAACUCUCCUUCUAGUUGAGGUAGAAUGUUCAAACUUGGUGUAGGUGUUCAUUAGGUGAAUGCCUUGAUGGAGUUGGAUGAUAAACAUCGUUAAGCAGAGAUAAGCAAUCUGAUUGGUUGAUGCUUUGGGGCCAAUAACUUUGGUUUUAAUUAAGUCAGAGUGAUGAAGCUCCGAGUAGAGAUUCAUUAUAUCAUAAACUUGACUUAAGUUUGAUGAUGAGAAUUUUCUGCUUAGGCUAAAGCAGUGGACACAUUAGCCGAAUCAAUCGGCGCCAAAUUUUAUUCGGCCGAAUGGGUGGACACAUUAGCCGAAUGCUUCCCCUGAUUCACCAGUCGAUUGCAUCACCUUUCACAUCACAUGAUUAAACAUGGCGGCGUCUAUGUCUUCAAACAAUCACUUGACUUCUCAAUAUCAGUGGAUGAUGAGUGGUCAUUGGCUAAUGAAUUAUACACUUGGCCGAAUGCUUCGGCGAAGCAGACACACCAGGCGAAUAUAAUUCGGCCAAAUAUAUCUGUUUGAUUGGGGCGAAUCAUUUCCGCCGAAUGACAGUUGACACACUAGGCGAAUUUCAACGCCAAUUGAUUCAGCUAGUGUGUCCACCGCUUUAGGAUCGAUAAGCAAUUUGAUUGGUCAAGACUUUAGAACAUAACUCUGCUUUUAAUUGAGGUAGAAUGUUUAAACUUGAUGUAGAUGUUCAUUAGGCGAAUGUCUUGACUGAGUUCAAUGAUUAACAUUUCGAGCUAAACAGAGGUAAACAAUUUCAUUGGUCGAUGCUUUAGAGGAAGAUAACUUUGAUUCUAUCUGAUAGAAAGUGAUGAAACUUAGUGUAUAGUUGAUAAUCAGUUUGAUUGCUUGAUACUUUUGAAAAAAAAAUAAAUGUGCGAUUAAUUAAUAUGUGUCAUCUAUUUAUUUUGGGAUUUCGGCGGGCGACGUCACUGUUGGCUUGUUUAAGAAGUAUAUAAUGAAAAAGUAGUACCAAAACAAUGGGACCAUAGUUUUUCUGCCGGUUAAAGUAUUUAUGUUGAUAGUUAAAAUAUCGGAAAUACAGCAUGUUAAAUGAGGAUUUCAUUGAAAAAUUUACUGUUAAUACAUGUACAUUUAUAAUUAGGUCAUUCAUUCCCUUGGCCAUCAUUCCUGUAUGUCACAGAUCUUCAUUUGUUAAUGCUGAUGUGCUGAGUACUGUACAUGUAGUAAUGUGUUAUGGUAGGGCAGCAUAUUGUCUCGUUCUCGUAUGUUAAUAAUUAUUUAAACAAAAAAAAUUACAAUUAAAUAAUGAAUUUUUUUAGUCUAUAAAAAAUAUUACAUUUUUUAUCGUUUAGCCAAGAAAUUAUUUUAUGAAUUAAUCGAUGGUUUUACAAUGCAUGUAUACUUGUCACAAAGUUUUAAUCUGUCCUGUAAAAGAUAAACUCAAAGAUAUUUAUCCAUGUUA